GCCGUUAAGCUGAAGCUGAUGGCUUGACAUUACCAAGCAGCUCAUGUUGUGAGACGACAAAGGAGGCAGAUUUGUGUGGACGGAAGAGAAGAAAUCAUGUCUUCUCAUAGAAAGAAAAGAUUUGGUUCUCAUCGCAGGGUAGCCAACCAAAAUGAAACACCCAAGACUGAUGAGAUCCAUGCAACGGGCAACAGUAAUGUAGCACAGCACCACAUACCAGAAGAAAAUAUCGAGUCAUUGUGUGUACAGUCUAAUUCUAGCAAUAUGCCGUCACCAGAGCUCAGGGCAAAUAGAAGGAAACUCGGGUCAAGACGAAAAAAUAAAGGACAACAUGAAAGGGACUUGGCAGCUGAAUUAAGUGACAAACCUAAAGAGGAAGUUGAAAACUCUGUGGUUAAUGAAGCUCUUGAAACGCAACUGGCAGUACAUUCUGAAAGGCAGGAAGAAUUAUGUGAAAGCCAUGAGCAUGAAAUGUCUGCGACCAGUGACGACUCUUUGUACUCGGCCGUUAUGUCUGCAUAUUGUGGGGUUCAAAACUACACAAACUGUCCGGAGGAUAUUCCUGAGAAUCAACAAGUAGAACAAGAUGAGGAUGAGCUGGAUUCAAAACUAAUGUCUUCUAGUAAUUUUGUGGAACCCAUGCGUGAGGGGGCCGAUGAAUCUGACAGCAUUCGGAGUGACUUGUUUCAAGAUAAUGCACCGCUUAUUGGCAGCUCUGAAAGAGUGCUUUCAUCACAACCUGGUGUAUCCUGUGUGACAGAAAUAGAAGAAAAGAAAUGGAGUGAAGAUGCAGACCUGUUACAACAGGAAGGUAAUCUAAAAAGCAAGGAGUCCCAUGAAGAGAUGACCACAGAUAAAAGUAAUACCACACAACAUAACAAACUCGAGUGUCGCACUGACACCACAGCAACAGUUUCAUCAUCAAAAGACGAGUUGUCUGCUGACGAACGACAAAACGAGCAGUUCUCCCAAACUCAGCACAGUUCAGAGGAGCGUGAUGUCAACACAACAGUGAACAGAAGAAAACUUGCAUCCAGUCGCAAAAAUAAAAGGCAACAGCGUGUAGAGGAUUCCGUUGCUCGACCGUACCAUGAAACUAAAGAGGAAGUUGUUAAAAAUCUUCGUGGUUAUGGGGAUUUAGAAACAUCAAACAUGUCAUCCCUAGAGACAGCGGUGCAGCUACAACCAGUGGACAUGAUGGAAGAAAUGGACCAACCUGACAAUCACCAAACUGAAACACUCAGAGGUGAGGUCAGAGAAAUUACACAUACUGUUGGCAUCUCUGAUUUAUAUAAUCCAUCAUCGUCUUCUGUAACUGAUGCAGGAAGUAAAGAAAGUGAUGAAAACCCGGACUUGUUCAGGAACUGGGGAGGUUCAGAGGCUGGCAACUUGGUGGAAUCUACAAUGACACUGGUGAAAUCUACAGAGAAAUUCAACCAAGAUACAGAAUAUGAGCAGAGUGUUGAGCAAACAGCAGAUUCUUCCCCAAAACACGAGAUUUCUACAAAUAAGGAAGACGAGCAGUUCUGCGUAUCUGAAGUCGGAAGAGCUCAGGAUGUAGACAAUGCUGUCAAGUUAAUGCACAAUGAGGAUGUUAAACCAGCAGCAACACAAGACAUAUAUUUAGUUGAUUAUUCCUCUGAGAGUGUGAUACAUGAUGCAACUGAAGAUUCUGAAGUUUGUUCCAUAAGCCCGAGCAACCUAACUGAAGUCGGUGACUCAUAUCAAUCUGAGCUGAGUGUGAAAAGUAACGGUGAUUGUGCCACUAAGCAGGGACUUUUGAAUCUUGAUGAGAAACAGGAUGAGUGUCUUACACAAGACAACAAUGUGGGGGCUUUAGACCAGAAAAAUGAAGAUUCUGCUGUGUAUGAUUCUAGGAACACUCAAACCAGUGACAUAGAAAGAAUAGACCCUGCGGUUGAAGGCUGGUUAGAGGAUGAUAUAAAAUCUGUUGUUGAACAAUCAAGUGAUCAUGAGGAGGAAGGACUCUCUGAACCAAUGGAGAACAAAACCCCACAAACUCUACAAUCAGAAACACAUUCGCCUUUAGAAUCACAACCUCAUGACUAUUCUGUGAUAACAGACAAGCAAGACAACACUGAAAACAGUGAAGAACUGGGAUCUGUUCAUGUAAAUGAAGGAGAGCAGAAUGUCAAUAGCUCCGGUGCUGAAUCAGAAAUGUCAUUAACGAUGGAGACAGCAGUCCAGGAAAUGUCAGAGGAAACCAUGCUGGAAGGAAAUGACAGAUUUGACCCUGCUCACACUGAAGAAGUCAGUGAUCAAGCAAAAGAAAAUGCACAAGCGAGCACCUCUGAAUUAACUAGUACAAGUGAACAUUCAAGUCCACCAGUAGACCAACAGACAACUGAACAAUCAAAUACAGAGCAGAUACCACAGGAACUUUCCAGUGUUUAUUCUGUAACAGACACAGAGAGCAAAGAAGGAGACGAGGACAAUGACUUGUUAAAGCAGUGGGGAAACUUACAGUCCAACAAUUUGGAGAAUGAGAUACAUUUCAAAUCAGAGGAUGUAGAGUCUUCAGUCACACCAGACAUAACAACAGAAGAAGGGAACCAUGAAGAACCUACAGAACCUGAACGCAGAGUUGAGCGAGCAAUAGAUCCAUCACCAAACGAUGAGACGUCUACAAAGGACGAACAAAGUGAGCCGUACAGUGGAGCUCUGGACACAAAGGAUGCUGUAACAAAAGUACAUAAAGAGGACGUUAAAGAAACAGAGAUGCAUCAAGUUGACUGCUCUUCAGAUGAGGCCAGCAAAUAUUCACAAAGUCUGCAAUCAGAAAUAGAACCUUCUUUGGAUUUACAACCCAAUGACAGUUCUCAGAACAUCAGAGAGAAAAUUCAUACAGGGUUUAAAUCUGCAGGAAACAGAAGAAAACUGGGGUCAAGCCGAAGACAUAAAGAAAGACAGCAUGUCCCAGACUCUGUCACUGAGAGUGUGAUACAUGAUGGAACAGAAGAUUCUGAAAACUGUUCUGUAAACCUGACCGACCAAACCGAAGUGAGUGACUCAUACCAGUCUGAGUCAAGUGUGAAAAGUAAAGCUACUUGUGCCAAUAAGCAAGAAGUUUCAGAUCCUGAAGAAAAACAAGACAUGUUUCUUAAUGUGGACACUUUAGAUCACAUUAAUGAGGAUUUGAAUGUGUAUGAUCUUCAGAAAACUCAAACCAGUGACAUAGAAGGAGUAGACCCUGCAGAGGAUGAUAUCAAGUCUACUGUUGAACAAUCAAGUCAAUACGAGGAGGAAGGAAUUCUCUCUGAACUGGUGGAGAACAAAACUCUACAAACCCUGCAAUCAGAAACACAUUCACCUUUAGAAUCCCAACCUCAUGACUAUUCUGUGACAACAGACAAGCAAGACAACACUGAAAACAGUGAAGAACUGGGAUCUGUUCAUGUAAAUGAAGGAGAGCAGAAUGUCAAUAGCUCUGGUGCUGAAUCAGAAAUGUCAUUAACGAUGGAGACAGCAGUCCAGGAAAUGUCAGAGGAAACCAUGCUGGAAGGAAAUGACAGAUUUGACCCUGCUCACACUGAAGGAGUCAGUGAUCAAGCAAAAGAAAAUGCACAAGCGAGCGCCUCUGAAUUAACUAGUACAAGUGAACAUUCAAGUCCACCAGUAGACCAACAGACAACUGAACAAUCAAAUACAGAGCAGAUACCACAGGAACCUUCCAGUGUGUAUUCUGUAACAGACACAGAGAGCAAAGAAGGAGACGAGGACAAUGACUUGUUAAAGCAGUGGGGAAACUUACAGUCCAACAAUUUGGAGAAUGAGACACAUUUCAAAUCAGAGGAUGUAGAGUCUUCAGUCACACCAGACAUAACAACAGAAGAAGGGAACCAUGAAGAACCUACAGAACCUGAAUACAGAGUUGAGCAAGCAACAGAUCCAUCACCAAAAGAUGAGACGUCUACAAAGGACGAACAAAGUGAGCCGUACAGUGGAGCUCUGGACACAAAGGAUGCUGUAACAAAAGCACAAAAAGAGGACGUUAAAGAAACAGCACUGCAUCAAGUUGACUGCUCUUCAGAUGAGGCCAGCAAAUAUUCACAAAGUCUGCAAUCAGAAAUAGAACCUUCUUUGGAUUUACAACCCAAUGACAGUUCUCAGAACAUCAAAGAGAAAAUUCAUACAGGGUUUAAACCUGCAGGAAUCAGAAGAAAACUGGGGUCAAGCCGAAGACAUAAAGAAAGACAGCAUGUCCCAGACUCUGUCACUGAGAGUGUGAUACAUGAUGGAACAGAAGAUUCUGAAAACUCUUCUGUAAACCUGACCGACCAAACCGAAGUGAGUGACUCAUACCAGUCUGAGUCAAGUGCGAAAAGUAAAGCUACUUGUGCCAAUAAGCAAGAAGUUUCAAAUCCUGAAGAAAAACAAGACAUGUUUCUUAAUGUGGACACUUUAGAUCAGAUUAAUGAGGAUUUGAAUGUGUAUGAUCUUCAGAAAACUCAAACCAGUGACAUAGAAGGAGUAGACCCUGCAGAGGAUGAUAUCAAGUCUACUGUUGAACAAUCAAGUGAAUACGAGGAGGAAGGAGUUCUCUCUGAACUGGUGGAGAACAAAACUCUACAAACCCUGCAAUCAGAAACACAUUCACCUUUAGAAUCACAACCUCAUGACUAUUCUGUGAUAACAGACAAGCAAGACAACACUGAAAACAGUGAAGAACUGGGAUCUGUUCAUGUAAAUGAAGGAGAGCAGAACGUCAGUAGCUCUGGUGCUGAAUCAGAAAUGUCAUUAAUGAUGGAGACAGCAGUCCAGGAAAUGUCAGAGGAAACCAUGCUGGAAGGAAAGGACAGAUUUGACCCUGCUCACACUGAAGGAGUCAGUGAUCAAGCAAAAGAAAAUGCACACGCGAGCGCCUCGGAAUUAACUAGUACAACUGAACAAUCAAAUACAGAGCAGAUACCACAGGAACCUUCCAGUGUGUAUUCUGUAACAGACACAGAGAGCAAAGAAGGAGACGAGGACAAUGACUUGUUAAAGCAGUGGGGAAACUUACAGUCCAACAAUUUGGAGAAUGAGACACAUUUCAAAUCGGAGGAUGUAGAGUCUUCAGUCACACCAGACAUAACAACAGAAGAAGGGAACCAUGAAGAACCUACAGAACCUGAAUGCAGAGUUGAGCAAGCAACAGUUUCAUCACCAAAAGAUGAGACGUCUACAAAGGACGAACAAAGUGAGCUGUACAGCGUGUCUGAAGUCAGAGGGACUCUAUGCCCAGAAAAUGCUUUAAAGGAAGUUUCUAACGAGGAGUUUCAAACAAAAGAAAUGCAAGAAAACCAUGUGACCGAUUAUUCCACUGAGAAUGUGAUACAUGAUGAAACAGAAAAGUCUGAAAUCUGUUUUGUAAACCCGAUCGACCAAACCGAAGUGAGUGACUCAUACCAGUCUGAGUCAAGUGUGAAAAGUAAUGCUACUUGUGCCAAUAAGCAAGAAGUUUCAAAUCCUGAAGAAAGACAAGACAUGUUUCUUAAUGUGGACACUUUAGAUCAGAUUAAUGAGGAUUUUAAUGUGUAUGAUCCUCAGGAAACUCAAACCAGUGACAUAGAAGGAGUAGACCCUGCAGAGGAUGAUAUCAAGUCUACUGUUGAACAAUCAAGUGAAUACGAGGAGGAAGGAGUUCUCUCUGAACUGGUGGAGAACAAAACUCUACAAACCCUGCAAUCAGAAACACAUUCACCUUUAGAAUCACAACUUCAUGACUAUUCUGUGAUAACAGACAAGCAAGACAACACUGAAAACAGUGAAGAACUGGGAUCUGUUCAUGUAAAUGAAGGAGAGCAGAAUGUCAGUAGCUCUGGUGCUGAAUCAGAAAUGUCAUUAAUGAUGGAGACAGCAGUCCAGGAAAUGUCAGAGGAAACCAUGCUGGAAGGAAAGGACAGAUUUGACCCUGCUCACACUGAAGGAGUCAGUGUUGAAGCAAAAGAAAAUGCACAAGCGAGCGCCUCUGAAUUAACUAGUUCAAACUCAGAGCCGAUACCACAGGAACUUUCCAGUGUUUAUUCUGUAACAGACACAGAGAGCAAAGAAGGAGACGAGGACAAUGACUUGUUAAAGCAGUGGGGAAACUUACAGUCCAACAAUUUGGAGAAUGAGACACAUUUCAAAUCAGAGGAUGUAGAGUCUUCAGUCACACCAGACAUAACAACAGAAGAAAGGAACCAUGAAGAACCUACAGAACCUGAAUGCAGAGUUGAGCAAGCAACAGAUCCAUCACCAAAAGAUGAGACGUCUACAAAGGACGAACAAAGUGAGCCGUACAGUGGAGCUCUGGACACAAAGGAUGCUGUAACAAAAGUACAAAAAGAGGACGUUAAAGAAACAGAGAUGCAUCAAGUUGACUGCUCUUCAGAUGAGGCCAGCAAAUAUUCACAAAGUCUGCAAUCAGAAAUAGAAUCUUCUUUGGAUUUACAACCCAAUGACAGUUCUCAGAACAUCAAAGAGAAAAUUCAUACAGGGUUUAAACCUGCAGGAAUCAGAAGAAAACUGGGGUCAAGCCGAAGACAUAAAGAAAGACAGCAUGUCCCAGACUCUGUCACUGAGAGUGUGAUACAUGAUGGAACAGAAGAUUCUGAAAACUGUUCUGUAAACCUGACCGACCAAACCGAAGUGAGUGACUCAUACCAGUCUGAGUCAAGUGCGAAAAGUAAAGCUACUUGUGCCAAUAAGCAAGAAGUUUCAAAUCCUGAAGAAAAACAAGACAUGUUUCUUAAUGUGGACACUUUAGAUCAGAUUAAUGAGGAUUUGAAUGUGUAUGAUCUUCAGAAAACUCAAACCAGUGACAUAGAAGGAGUAGACCCUGCAGAGGAUAUCAAGUCUACUGUUGAACCAUCAAGUCAAUACGAGGAGGAAGGAAUUCUCUCUGAACUGGUGGAGAACAAAACUCUACAAACUCUACAAUCAGAAACACAUUCACCUUUAGAAUCCCAACCUCAUGACUAUUCUGUGAUAACAGACAAGCAAGACAACACUGAAAACAGUGAAGAACUGGGAUCUGUUCAUGUAAAUGAAGGAGAGCAGAACGUCAGUAGCUCUGGUGCUGAAUCAGAAAUGUCAUUAACGAUGGAGACAGCAGUCCAGGAAAUGUCAGAGGAAACCAUGCUGGAAGGAAAGGACAGAUUUGACCCUGCUCACACUGAAGGAGCCAGUGAUCAAGCAAAAGAAAAUGCACAAGCGAGCGCCUCUGAAUUAACAAGUUCAAACUCCGAGCCGAUACCACAGGAACUUUCCAGUGUUUAUUCUGUAACAGACACAGAGAGCAAAGAAGGAGACGAGGACAAUGACUUGUUAAAGCAGUGGGGAAACUUACAGUCCAACAAUUUGGAGAAUGAGACACAUUUCAAAUCGGAGGAAGUUGAGUCUUCAGUCACACCAGACAUAACAACAGAAGAAGGGAACCAUGAAGAACCUACAGAACCUGAAUGCAGAGUUGAGCGAGCAAUAGAUCCAUCACCAAAAGAUGAGACGUCUACAAAGGACGAACAAAGUGAGCCGUACAGUGGAGCUCUGGACACAAAGGAUGCUGUAACAAAAGCACAAAAAGAGGACGUUAAAGAAACAGCGCUGCAUCAAGUUGACUGCUCUUCAGAUGAGGCCAGCAAAUAUUCACAAAGCUCGCAUAAAGGAAACAGAAGAAAACUAGGGUCAAGCCGAAGACAUAAAGAAAGGCAGCAUGUUCCAGUCCCUGAAGCAUACUCUGAACUUAAAGAGAAAGUUGUAAAAUCUAUCCCGGGUGAUGAAGUUUCUGAAAAAGAAAAAAUGCCAUCAGUAACAGAGACGAUGAGGCAAGACAUAUUACAAGAGCAAAUUGGCCUAGAUUUCAACCCCACUGAGAAAAUGAGAAAAAAUAGAUCAACUAUAAAGGACAAGGAAAAUGCAGAACAGAGGCCACAGGAAGAUACAACUUUACAGCCACAGAAUAGUGUGGAGAGCAGUGCAACUGUGUCAACAGAAAGUGACGAUGUCAAAUCAACUGAACAAGUCAAUGAGUUGGAAAAGAAACUCAUUACAGAGCCUAAAGAUUUAUCCCCACCUACAGGUGGAACAGACUGGAGAGAAUCUGCAGAAGCCUCCGAUUUGAAACACUGUGAUGACACUGACAGCAACAGGUCAGUCACUUGUGAUGUUCUUCAUCAAAAAGAAGCCAAGCAAACAGCGCAGGCUGCUACGAUACAAGACGACAAUACAGAAGCAGACCGUUCAAUGGAUGUACGAGGGCCUGAACAGGUGGAAGUGAGAGAGAUAUGUGGAGAUAAUACUUCAAAUACAAAUGUCACAUGUGCCUUAGUGGACACAGGUCAUGAGGAGAACUCAAGGCCAAAGCCAGCUGUGACUGUGUCUGAGGAAAGUGAAAUUUCAGGAACACCAGCUGCAAGUAACAGCCAACAGGGUACACCAACAAAGCCUCCUGUACAUGCAAAUGUGCAAGGAACAAGAAGAAAGAUGGGCUCUACUCGCAAGUCUCAACUUAAUAGAAAACAAAUGUACGAUACAGAUGAAACAAAAGUAAACAACGUAGAACAAAGUGGUGAGAGAAACAAUGACAGCAUGGAGGGAGUGGAGGAGUCGUCGUUGAUAUUAACAAAAGAUGUCUCACAAAGGGGAAACACACAAUCAUCACUGAGUAAUGUGACUGAAGAACAACAGAAAAUGAAUGGAAACAAUUCAGUGCACGACGAAACGCCGAAACAACAAAGCUGUACCCCUGACCUGCAGGCGACAGAGUGCAACGUGAUACCAGGCACGGAUGAUUCAACAGUUCUCAGUCCUGAACAGGCUGCUUCCCACACUGAGGAAGCUGUUCAUCCUGUUAGAUCUGUUCAGGGAGCUGAUGAAGAGUCUGUUGAAGUAACUCAGGGCCCAGGUUCAAUAGUCACAGAGGCACCUGCCGUUGCUUUGGUAGAUAUGGAAAAAAUUAAAUGUGUACAAGAGCCGAACAGCGUGACUGAAGGAGCUCAGAACACAAACUUUGAGACGAUGAAUGCAAAUUUCAGUCCUGCAAACAGGAGGAGAAAGAUGGGCUCGACCCGCAGGAAUCUUGGGUCACGGUCUAGGGAGAAAGACCUAUAUCAAAAGCAGGAGGAGGAUAAUGAGGUAACUGCAACAAUACGUGCCGGAGAUGCUUCGACUGAAAGUGUCUCAGGAGUCAUUGCAAAAGAGCCGCAGCUUCAUGAUGAAAACACACACAGUGACUCGGAGCAAAGGAAAGAAACGGUGGUUGAAACAGUAGAGUGCAGUGACGCGCGUGAAUCUCAUGUGAAACCUCCAGCUCUCGAGAACAUCGAAGUAACCCCCGGUUCUCUCAGCCAGCCGGCAGGCAUGGAGUCCCAUCUAACUCCAGAACCACGCACCUCUCCUAAACAUGAUGUCACGUCAGAAUCAGCAGCUGGAGGGAGAAGAAGAAAAAUGGGAUCUCACCGGAAGUCACAUCCGCGGCAAAAUGCAAAAGACCAGAUUGUAGGAGAGGACAGACUGAUGGACACACAGCAAGAGGGAGACAUCACACGUCUGACGGACGAGAAGGACGAGCGCAGAGAAGAGUCUUUGGGCCUGGACAGAUUAUCAGAGGUGGAUAAACGUGACGAGAAACCGACGUCCAACAUCAGCAUCUCAGGAGCAGCAGAGCACUCGCAGAUUCUGAGUGUGGAGGCGCCGAAGAGGGUGACCCCAGUUUCCCGUCCUGAUGCUGGAAUCCACCUGAAUCAAGAGAUUCAAAACAAGUUUUCUUCGGGUGCUGCUUCCAGUGACGCAGGCGUCAAAUCCAGAGUUUUCAACGUGAUGCUGGUUGGCGACAGCAGUGUCGGAAAAACCUCCUUUUUGAAAAGAGCCCAAAGUGGGAAGUUUUCUUCAGAUUUGCCAUCCUCUCUUGGCAUCGAUUCCUACAGGUGGACUGUGGUGGUGGAUGGAAAACCUGUGGUGCUUCAGUUGUGGGACACAGCAGGUCAAGAACGGUUUCGCAGUAUCACAAGACAGGUUUUUCAUAGAGCUCAGGCGUUUCUUCUCAUGUAUGACAUUUCGUCUUCCGAGAGUUUCUCCGCUGUCAGCUACUGGGCCAACUGUAUCCAGGAAGGGGCGGCAGAAAACGUGACCAUUUUGCUCCUUGGGAAUAAGAGCGAUUGUGCAGAACGACAGAUUAAACCCGAGGAGGGAGAAACUCUUUCUAAGGAAUACAACUUUGACUUCAUGGAGUGCAGCGCUGCCACAGGGGAAAAUGUGAUUCAGACUCUGGAAACUGUCGCCAGGAUUCUGAAACAGAACGCUGACACAAGAGAGGAAUCCAUGGUGUUACACAAAGAGCCCCCACACAAGAAAAGAUCAGGAUGUUGCUGAGCAGAGAAAUCUGUGGUGAAUUUGGUGAAACCCAUGCUCACAGGGGAUGAAACCUGAUUUAAAUCCAAUGCAGCAUACGUAAUAAUGUACUUAAUACAUAUUUAUUGUUUCUGCCAAAUAAGAAAAAGUGUGCAAUUCAUGUAUAUAAAAACACUUGUACAGGUGUUUUAAGCAAUUUCAACGAGAAUUUUUAAACUUUCUUACAUUAUAAUUACCUUGUUUGAUUAUAUUGAUUAUGUUAUAGUGUAUAGUUUUAAGGUAUGUUCGUGCAAAUAAAGAGCUUUGAUUUAACAUUUUACUGUGACAAAUAUGGAACAUAUCAAUGAUAUAUAUAUACACAAUAUACAUAUAUAAUAUACAGUGCUUAACAAAUUUAUUAUGUAAUGUUUAUGCCACAGUUGCCCUAAAUUAACAAUUAUAAAUAAAUUAACAACAAAAUUAUAUUUUGAAUGCUAAAAUAUAAGUAUUAUUGUUAUCCAUGAAUUUUCUACUUUACUGUAUUACAAAAAAACAGAAGAAAAAUAGAAUUUUCUGAAGAGAAAAUGUAGGUUUUAGUACUUGAAUGUUAUGCUUGAUUAAUUUCUGACUCCUGUGGGUAUAAAAAAGUGAAUUUGUUUGUUAUUUGCCAAAUAAAUAACAUUUUUAGAUUAGAUAAGAUUUAUGUUUUCAUUUUUAAGACAGGUUGUCUCAUAAAUCUGUAAAGCACUGUAUUCGUGUAAGUUAAGUAUUAAUCCUUGCUCAUGAACCUUAGAAAUAAUAUAAUAAUAUAACAAUAAUAAAAUAAUAAUGGCUUGUUUUGAUUUUGUGUGUUCACCAUCUGUUCUGCAUAAACAGUGCUGGCUCUCCUCGUCACACAUAGUCAGAUAAUCACAAAUGAAUUUCAUGCCUCUUUAAUAAAAGCCGGACUGGAUUUCAAUAUUAAGUUUGAAGAAUCAAAAUUAAAUUGUGAAACCGAUGUUACUAAAUAUAUAUACAUGCUUUA